UGAGCUCAUAGUCACUCCCCUCACAUUGAGCUGUGGGGGUGGGGGAGGGGGGGAAUUGUAAAGGACACCAAAGAGGAAUUUCCUCCCCAGAAGAGAGUUUGUUCCAACAACUAUGUGAGGAGAUUCAAAGGGUCUUGGUAUAGACUGGAGUGGUUCACCAUCUUACUUUCCAAAAUUAUAUGGAAGUUGUUCUGAAAACAAACUCUGUGUCUUGGUAAGGAAAGAUCCUUUAAGGAAACAUGAUGAAUUACUACAGAGUACUAGGUGUGCCUCAAAAUGCAUCCCCCGCUGAUAUUAAGAAGGCUUACCACCAGUUAGCUCUUCAGGUACAUCCAGACAAGAACCCAGAAAACAGGGAGGCAGCUGAGGAGAAAUUCAAACGAGUAGUAGAAGCCUAUGACAUCUUGUCUGAUGCCAAGAAACGCAACAACUAUGACAAGUCCAAAGAGAACCACAUCAAAAUGGAAAAUACAGGUGACUGCAGAGACAAAAACUGCUUGAAAGAGAAACCACAGUUUAAGAGGCCACACUCUGGCUUUCAAAAUGUCUUUGAAGAUGGAGACUUCUUAGGAGAUUGUUUUUCCACUGGUCAUGUGGGUAAGGCCAGGAGAUUUCACUCCUCCUUCUUUGAUGUCAUCCCCAUAUUGGACACAGGAUUUUCCACAUUUGUAUCCCUGGGCUCUAGACCAAGUCCCUCUUCCUCUGGGACAUUAGUACCCUUUGUAAGCAGUGGAAUGGGAAACUUCAGACUGGUCACCACUUGUAGCCAGAUAGUGAAUGGCAAGAGAGUUGUUACAAAGAAAGUCCUAGAAAAUGUGAGAGGGAAAACUGAAGUGGAAAAGGACAGCCCAUUUCAUCAAAUUCCUCCACAUCAUGGGCAGGAGCCUGUGCAUGGCCUCCAGCGUCUUCUAGGGCUCGCUGCUCUCAGACUUCCCAUCUCUCAUCUCCCUCACAAAGUCCAAUCACCAUUCCUACUUGGAUCUAACAUCACAUGAAAAGAAGGCAAAUAUUUAACAUUAACAUCAUUUAAUAAACACA